UCCCGCCCUCCACACAGAGAGCAGAGAGAGAGGAGCCAACAUGGCUGAAGAAGCAGCAGCAGAAGGAGAGUUAAGUUCUUCUGGAGGGAUCUUCACGGAGAUCUUCACGUCCCCGUUGAACCUGACGCUGCUCAGCCUGUGUCUGUUCCUGCUCUAUAAGAUCUUCCGCGGUGACAGAGCUCCGCAGCUCGGUGAGCUGGAGCCUCAGCUGCCCAAACUGAAGAAACGAGACUUCACCCUCCAGGAGCUGAAGCCUUAUGACGGAUUGCAGGACCAGCGGAUCCUCAUGGCCAUCAACGGGAAGGUGUUCGACGUGACCCGGGGGAAGAAGUUCUACGGGCCAGAGGGGCCGUACGGCGUGUUUGCCGGCAGAGACGCCUCCAGAGGUCUGGCUACAUUCUGCCUGGAGAAGGAGGCCCUGAAAGACGUACACGACGACCUGUCCGACCUGAACGCCAUGCAGCUGGAGAGCCUCUCCGAGUGGGAGAGCCAGUUCACCUUUAAGUACGACUACAUCGGCAAGCUCCUGAAGCCCGGAGACGAGCCCACAGAGUACACCGACGACGAGGAGGUGAAAGACAAGAAGACGGACUAGAAAGUGAAGAGUGAAGAAGACGAGGAGAAGAUGAUAAAUGCCUUAAUGUUUGUAAUUCUGAUGCCUGUUUCCUCCUAUUAGGGCCAAUCUCCUCUAUGUAUUCUAGUACUUGUGUUAAAAACAGAUCCGUAGGUUGUAUAGUGGAGGAUCGAGAACUCGGACCAAUGACGGUUAAAUGUCCUGUAGGUGGAGAAAGAAGAAGAAGGAGAUAAUCCACAGCUCUGUCGGACACUUUGUUAAUAUCGCUGCUGAUGAUCGCAGGUUGGACACAUUCCUUCCUUUCAUCCAAACUUCGGCUCAGCUCACAUUUAAAGAAUUAUCUCAGGAAGUAGUUUCACUCAAAAUUAACUCAAAUAUAUAUUGAGCGUCUGGAGCCAGACGGCAGAUUUAAAGAAAAAUAAACUUCAGAAAUCAAGGCUGAAAAUAACACUGCUAAACAGAUGUCUUUAAGCACUUUCUCUUGAUUAAACUGUUCCAACCAGAUUUACUUUAUUUACAAUUAUAUAAGGUUUGAACUGGUCUCAACUGUUUUCUGUCCGCUUCAAACAAUAAGAGGACGAUAACGUACUGAUGUUUUGUAAACCCAUCAAAUUUAUCUGCUGGUCUGAAUUCUACGACUGCGUAUCUGAGCUAUUCACAGAAGCGGGGGAGGGAGGGUAAUAUAUAUUCCAAGAAAAAACAAUGAAUUUCCAGGAUUAAAAUCGUAAAUUUACGAGAAAGAAAAUUUUGAUAUUCUCUGAGAUUAAAGUGGUAAAUUAAUGAGAAAGAAAACUUGGAUAUUUAUGAUUUGAAUCUUGGAAAUUAUGAGUUUUUUUUCUCUGAAUAUUGCCCUCCUCCCCCAGCUCUGUAAUUAUUAGUUUUUUUUCCUACAAAAGCUCUAACACGCCAUCGUAAAACUCUCCUGUCCGUUGAUACAUUUGUCUGAUUUUCAGUGUUAGUUUCUGUUGAGAGCCACUUCUCUCUUUAACUAAUCCUGAGAUUUUGGGCAGAUUUUCAGAUUCUAAAUCUCAUAAUGACAAUCCAGGUUGUUUGUUGCAGAGCACCAAAUCCCAAUUUUAUAAUCCAUAAACCAUUUAAGUCAUUUAUUAUUAUAAAUAAUACAAAAGAAAUCUCUGGUUUCAGAUUCUCAAA